AGACACGUGACUCGCUGCGGAGGUGAGAGGUCAGGCGGCCAUCUUGAGUUGGGCCACGGGGGGCCCCCGUUGGGUCGUCAUGGCGUCAUUUACCGAGCCGGCUCUGGAGAAGAAACUUUCUGAGCUGAGCAACUCGCAGCAGAGCGUGCAGACCUUGUCUUUGUGGCUGAUCCAUCAUCGGAAGCACGCCGCCUCCAUAGUCGGUGUGUGGCAGCGGGAGCUCAAGAAAGCAAAGCCAAGUCGAAAGCUGACAUUCCUCUAUUUGGCCAAUGAUGUCAUUCAGAACAGUAAACGCAAGGGACCGGAGUUUACCCGUGAAUUUGAGAGCGUUCUUCUGGAUGCCUUCUCCCACGUGUCCAGUGAAGCCGACGAUGGCUGCCGGAAGCCCUUGGAGAGGCUGCUACACAUCUGGCAGGAGCGCGGCGUCUACUCCGCCGACUUCAUCCAGCAGCUCAGGCUGGCGAUCAAUGAAGACGACAGCCCCAGGGAACCUCCAGAACUGACAUACGGAAGUGGAAAGCACACGGACGUCAUCAGUAAAGACAGAACCUAUAAUGGGGGCGGAGGCGGAGAUCCGGCGGCAGCACAGCAGCGCACGGCGAGAGGCAGCCGGACUAAAAUGACUGAAGAGAAGGUGUCGUUGAAACGCAGUUUCCAGCAGAUUCACGAGGAGGAAGAUGAUUAUCCCGGAAGCUAUUCCCCAAGGGAUCCAUCGACUGGUCCUCUUCUGACUGAAGAUCUUAUUAAAGCACUGCAAGAUCUGGAGAAUGCCGCUUCUGGAGAUGCUGCUGUUAGGCAGAAAAUUGCAUCCCUUCCACAAGAAGUUCAGGACGUCUCCUUACUGGAGAAGAUCACGGAUAAAGAAGCAGCAGACCGUCUGUCCAAGACCGUAGAUGAGGCUUGUCUCCUACUGGCAGAGUACAACGGGCGGCUGGCGGCAGAACUGGAUGAUCGACGGCAGCUGGCACGGAUGCUGAUGGAUUACACACAGAGCCAAAAAGAGGCUCUAAGUAACAAGGAGAAGAAGCUGGAGGAAUACAAGCAAAAGUUAGCCCGUGUCACGCAGGUACGAAAAGAACUGAAGUCCCACAUACAGAGUCUACCUGACCUCUCGCUGCUCCCUAACGUCACAGGAGGGCUCGCGCCUCUUCCUUCCGCCGGUGAUCUCUUCUCCACUGAUUAGGACCAGACUCCUAUUUGGGGACACUCCUUUGUCCACCCUAAGUCUUCAGUAGUCACCAGCAUAGGAAGAAGGAGUGCGGAGCAGAGACUGGAAGGUUCUCCGUCGUGUGCAAGAUGCAAGGUGUUCACUGCGGCCACCAUCGUAGCAGUGCGUUAGUAAAGGCAGCCUAGUCCCCUCAUCUCCCAGAUUCCCAUGUAGUGUCUGCUGCUUGUGGACAGAGCCAAGAAGACAUCUCCACCUGUGUUUUUUUAUAGACUUGUUUACGGAGCGUGUGCACAGAUUAUGCUUCUUUAUCAGCUUUCUCUGGCAGCUUUAUCUUUGGGGAAUGGAUUUGUGUUGUGCAGCGUGGCUCGUCCUUCUGUCAUGUGCUGCUGGACCAGAAGAAUACACAAUAUAUAGUGUGUCAUUUCCGAAA